GAAAAACACACCAUUGAGGAAUCACCCCCAGCCAGCAAUCACGAGGCACAUGAUGGCUCGAGGGACCUCGAGACACACGAAAUCCCCCAAAAGUACGCCCGCCUUUUGGCGUUGAGUGCCCUCUUCCCUACAUUCUUAACUCUUUACCAGCAAUUUUAAGAUUGUCAUCCCUGGCUUAAUGCUAAGUGUCUUUCUUGCGGCUCUGGACCAGACUAUCGUCAGCACCGCUCUUCCCACAAUCGUCAAAGAUUUCAACAUCUCCUCAGGCUAUUCAUGGAUCGGAUCAGCAUACCUCCUCACAUCUGCCUCCCUUUCGCCGCUAUAUGGAAAACUAAGCGAUCUCAUUGGUAGAAAAAAGGUUCUUCUGACAAGUGUAGCCAUCUUCAUAGUCGGAAGUGCUCUGUGUGGUGCCGCACAGUCAUUCGUUAUGCUCUCGGUUUGUCGAGGUAUUCAGGGCAUUGGUGGUGGCGGGAUCCUUCAAUUAGUCAAUACAACGCUUAGCGACAUUGUCCCUCUGUCCGAGAGAGGGAAGUGGAUUGGAUUCAUCGGGGCCACGUGGGGAAUUGCCAGCGUUCUGGGUCCAUUGAUCGGUGGGGCGUUGACUGACGGUGUAUCAUGGAGGUGGUGCUUCUUCAUCAAUUUGCCGUCUGGGGGGCUCGCGGCGUUCCUAUUACUCUUUCUCAGACUCAACCCGCAUCAGCAACGAACAAUAAAACAACAUGUCCGAACCUUCGACUUUCUGGGCCUCUUUCUAAUGGUGACUGGCGUCGUCCUUCUUCUCCUUGGGUUCAACUCAAGCCAGUCUUCAUGGGGCUCCACGACGAUCGUGUUGCUGGCAGCCGGUGCUGCCCUCAUUAUCUUUGGAGCUGUUAAUGAAGUUUUUACAAGCCGGGAGCCGAUCCUUCCCCCUCGUUUGUUCAGGACUCGAACGCCCACGAUUAUUCUCGCGAGCACAUUCGCUCACGCACUAUCUUUCUUUAGCGUGUCGUACUACCUUCCACUGUACUUCCAAGUACUAGGGUCAUCUGCUCUAAUGUCGGGUGUCCGAAUGAUUUCAUACUUAUGUGGAGGCUCACUCCUUGCCGUCUUAUCCGGCCAGGUUAUCUCUGGUGUUGGGAGAUACCGGGAGGUGAUGUGGUUCGGUUAUGGUUUUAUGGCAUUGGGCGUUGGUUUAAUGAUGACGUUAGAUAAUGGUUCAAGCCUAGCUCAACAAGAGAUUUACCUUUGUAUCGCUGCACUUGGGACAGGAUGUUUAUUCCAAACUCCUCUCAUCGCACUUCAAGCUGCUAUGCCUCUCAAGGACAUGGCAACAAGCACGGGCGCGUUUACACUCCUUCGUACGCUUGGAGGGACAAUUGGAAUUUCGAUUGGGGAUGCUAUCUACUCGUCAGAGCUGGAGAAGAGGCUACGACGGAUCCCAGAUAUCGGAAGUUUCUUGAAUGGGCGAACGAUCCAUCAAUUGACCAAUGAUGUCAAGGGUUUGACCCAGAUUCAGCCCCCAUCCCUCAGGGAACAGAUACUUGAGGCAUAUACGAAGAGUGUGUCAUUUAUUUGGCUUGUCUACACUCCUAUCUUGAGUGCCACCUUCGUUUCUGUCCUUUUUGUUCGCCAGUACUCGUUGAAACGGAAUAUCGUUCGAACUGGGAGAGGAGAGGAGCCUCAGGCUGGUCGAGCUACUGGGCCUGCACUCAGGGCCAAUAAUGAGAGGCCAGCGCUACAGGAUGGUUCUUCAUCUGGAGUUCGUGUCCCUGUAGAUGUCAAGUAUUCCGCUAAAAGCUUGGAAGGGACGAGUUAGUCUUCGUUGUGCUGGGAAUUUCAACCAUUUCAUUUGUUACGCGAGCGGAAAAACCCACUCAAGUUUCGCUACUCCGUAGCGGGUCCUACGUUUUUUUCUCU